UUAGGAAUGUCAAGUGUCAACUGGAUAGAGGCUGGAUUGCAGAUGGGAAAGACUGGAGGAAAGAAAAACAAUUAAAAAACUUUUGUGGUAGUCCAGACUUCUGAGAAGUGCUUUGGAGUUAAUCAGUCUUUAAAGAAAAUGAGCACACGAGUUUGCUGGCUCUGUAAGAGAGGGAGAAAAAAAUCCAAUGGGAUCUCUUCAAAACUUACUGUGGAAGAAGUGUUCCAGUGGGCAGAGUCUUUUGAAAAACUGAUGGCAACAAAAUAUGGUCCAGUAAUCUAUGCAGCAUAUUUGAAAAUGGAACACAGUGAUGAGAACAUGAAAUUCUGGAAGGCGUGUGAGACAUACAAAAAAACUGCAUCACGAUUUAGCAGGAUCACUAAAUCCCAGAAGCUUUACAAGACUUAUAUUCAACCUCAGUCCCCUAGAGAGAUUAACAUUGACAGCCCCACCAGAGAAGCCAUCAUUAAGAACAUUCAAGAACCCACCCAGAAUUGUUUCGAUGAAGCUCAAAAAAUUGUGUACAUGCACAUGGAGAGAGAUUCCUAUCCUAGAUUCCUAAGGUCAGAAUUAUACCAAAACCUCAUCAAAAGACUGCAGAUGGACAGCCAUACCUGA